AACAAUGGCCGGCCCAUGCGGAGGGCGGCAGCGACUGACACAGCCACCGAAGCUAGAAGAAUGUUUGGACCGGAGCCAGGCCGUGGACCGGACCCUCCUCGUGUCCCGUGGUGCCGCAGGGGAGACGACACCUUCAAAGACGCCCCCCGAGCGUCAGACCUGCUGCAGACCUCCCUGAAGGAGCCGAGCGUCAGCACUGUGGGCUUCACACUGGUCGGAAGAGGACUAGAGGAAGAACCUGAGCAGCAGCUAGCAUGGCAACGGCGAGCACCUCAGGGCAGGGCGCCUUCGGGCUGGGCAGGAAAAAGAAGAGCCCCGGGCUCAUGGACCAGAUUAGCAAAUUCUUUGGAGGAGACAAAAAGAAGAGGAGCAAGGGGUCUUUCCGGGGUCACCUGGCCGCUUCACCCCAGCAAUCCUCCUCUCGCCGUCGGACCAAUGAAAACGCUGUGGUGCAUUUCUUCAGGAGCAUUGUUUCCUCUCCUCGUCCUAAAUCCAGGUGGAGAGAAGUCUUGGGUUUGGCUUCGUCACCGCGUGCCGAGAGCACAAAGUCGCCGGUCAGGAGACGCAGAGACCAAAGCACACUGUCCAGGAUCUUCAACCUGUGACGCUCUCAUCAGAAGCCAGGAGACACCAAGUCCCGUCCUCCCCCUAAACGCUGGAGCACCAUCUUCUAAACUCGAGGAUCCGACCACAGAUCCAUCGAUGGGACCAGGAGAAGAAGAAAAACAAGAAGGAGAAGGAAAAACAGAUCUGCAUGUGGCGGACUCACAACCUCAAGAAGCGUUAACCCACUAACACCAGCCUCCUGUACGUCUAGACAGAGACACAACAUUGGCUUUGAGUAUGAAAUCACUUUUCUUUUUUUAAUCCCACGUCUAAGGAGUCUUAUGUAGCUGUUUAUGAGAGGUUCGGUCACGCUUUUAGUAUAAAAUCCUACUGUAAAAAUCAUCUUUGUCCGAUGGUGCUAGUGUCUGCUGUCUGCUGUCCGAGGUUUGUUCAUGGCAGAUGUUUGUUUUUCUACUUGUCGACUGUCACGUUGUGCAUUUUGCUGCUUUCUAGAACUCACACACCGAGCAUUGGUUUAUCUGUGAAUCCAGACGGAGAGUGGUUCUGUUUCUGCCUGAGUAUGUCACACAGGAGCGUAUUUGGCAAUAAAACUGGAAACCUGUACGAGUAGCAUCGACUCUAAUCCUGUUUUUCUGUAACUGUUUUGGUUUCGUUUUGCCUCGGUGUGAUUAAUGAACAUGUACAGUAUGACGCCGUCUAAAUCUACCAACGAAUAAAACGCCCUUUUCAAAUGCACUGUCAUGUAACAGAAAACAAUCCUAAAAACCAGUCUUUUCUGCAUUGAUCUCCUUUAGUGUGUUUUAUCUGUUUGCCUCUUGAAUUAAGUUCUAAUGUUAUUUGUGUUUUAUUUGGAGGACGUGGUUUGUUAACGUUGAUGGUCAGAUGGUAAGUGGUUUAAAUGGUUGAAGACGGAAGCAGCACGAUGGCGUGAGGAGUUCGGUACUGUAGGACGGCGUGUCGGAUUCAAAUGCUUUUUAUUUUGUUCGUAAUAAAUCGCACUGCCACUCUCGUUUGUGUGUGAUCUGUUUGUGCGUUCAGUUUAACUGGAAAGUCAGAAGCACCGGAGGACAUGGUGGUGCCCCAUGAACAGGAACUGUUGUGUUUCAUCUUAAUGUAAAGCCACUGUUUUAAUGUGCAGCCUAACUGGUAACAAACACCUUUAGUCUUAAGGGUUAUUAAAUGUUCUAAAAUCUGA